CACUGGAAUUUAAUUGGUCGAGAGCCACCUCUUUUUUUCUGUUUUCCUCCUCUAACCUUCUGUUUGUGUCACACCCUUACUCAACACAAAUAGACUUACAUCCUCAUUUCUAAAGGCAGAUGUUUUGAAUUAUUAAGCACAGAAGAGUGAAGAGAGAGUAAAACAGGAAGAUCAGAGAAGAGUAUUUUGGCUUUCGAGAAAUUGAACUCAAUAUCUGACAAAGUUAAGAUUCAAAUUAUAGUACAUUUGGAAAAACCUGGACCAUGUCAAAGAGAAUAUCACCUCAGUUUUUCAUUUGCUUAAUGACAGCCGUUGUGAGUAAACUGUCUGUGACAGGAAGUAAAGGAGAAGAAGACAACAUGGCAUGUGUCAACGCACCAGUGUGGCACACGGCACUUGGAGACUCUGUUAGAAUCAACUGCACGUACCUUCGAACUGAAGAAAGCACCGUCAAACACUUCUACCGAGAAAAUCCAGACUCUGAAGGGACAGAUUUGAUUUCAACGCACACUUCGCCUAUGACUAGGAAAGACAGGUUUUCUUUGACGGACAAUAAAGAGCAGGGCUUCUACACUGUGAUGAUAUCCAUGCCGAGGCAGGAGGAUACUGGAAGAUACCGUUGUGCUAAGAGAACAGUUAAUGACAACUUCACAACAUGUUUAACUCAGAUCCAUCUCCAUAUCGUAAACAAGAAUAUAACACCAACAGCGACUCAUACCGGUAAAGCUGCAAAAAUUAAAUGUCCCUACCCAGACUCCCAUGAGAACAAUACAAAAUACCUGUGCAAGGGGGAGGAUCCUCUCAACUGUGUGGAGUUAAUACAGACAACAGAAGGUGAAAUAAACAGGGUUAAAGGCAGGUUUUCUAUACGGGACCACCAAAGAUUGAAGUACUUCAAUGUGAACAUUGAAAAUCUGAGCACAGCCGACUCUGGAACGUACUGGUGUGGCUCAGACAGAAAAUGGCACAAUGCUGCUUACACCAAAAUCAACCUUUCCAUAGACGAAAGACGCAUCAAAACCAAAAAAUCAGGACUUCAGCAGACAACAGCAGCACCAUCUUCUACAACAACCCUCCAUGAUGACACUUCAGACUCUGGCAGGAUUGGCAUUACGGUAGCGUUUCUGGCGUUGUUGGUGACAGCUGGGAUUGUGCUGACAGUGUUCAUACAUAAACUCUGCAGGACACAAGGGGGGUCAACAAUGCAGAGCACAAACGCUGGACAAAACUCAGAGGAAAAUCACAAUGAUCGAGUGUAUGAGGAGAUAAAGGAGCGGAACCAGGGGGCAAGCUCUGGAGAUACAACUCUGUCCGUUUGUGCCCUCGUCAACCGUCCUGCAGAGCAGCUCCACUAUGCCAGUGUCAGUUUCCAGCAGGAAGCUGUCACAAUCUCCACAGACAGAAAUCCACAUCCUGACACUGAUCAAAAUGUUUCCUCGGACUGUGAAUACUCAUCCGUCAGAAUGACUCAGGGUGGCACCCAUCUUCCUCCUCUCUACUCUACUGUCAAAAACCCUGAGGAACUUUAAUAAAGUCAGUGUUUUAAUGUUUAAGAUAUUGGCAUUGGUAAAUGCAGUUGAGGAUUUACAUAUUUUGUGUGGAGAAACAUUCUGCAGCUUUAAUUUGAAUACAUCUUUGGUUACAUUUUUGAGUGAUGGACAAUGCUAUUUGGCACAGUUUUGUAUAUGUGGUGUGCAUAUAAUAUUUACAAGAAUUCCACUGUCUGUCACUCUCAGCAAAAAUGUGCUUGUUGUAUAUUAAUACUCAGCUUUACUUAAGGAGGCACAAAGAUGUUGUACAGGAUACUACACAUACUAUAACUUAGGUAAUCAUUCCAGUUAGAACAUAUAUGCAGCAUUUUAUCCACAGGGUCACAGGAAUUACCACAGCAAAGAAGAAAGUUACUGGUUGUGGUUGUAUCGACUCAGAGUCAGCGGAUUAAUGCAUGCACAGAUCAUAAUGAAGGUUCAUAGACAUACAGUAUAUUGCAUUUUCGAUUUAACUCAUGUGACUUAUAGGAUGAAAGGCUAUUAAUAAUUGAUCUGCAUCUAUCCUGUGUGAAAGAAUUCUAAUAUUAUCUGGGUAUUUUAAUGAUUUAUCAUUUAGACAUAGAUCUUGAUUUGCCCCCAUUACUGAUUUAUUGGUAUCUAGUGUAAAGAAUAAUUGAAUGUUGUUAAUAGACUUUAAAUUGUCCAUAUUCAAAUUUUUGGAGAUACUGAAAAAUAACUAUAUCUGAAUAUAUCGUAGGAUCAGUUUGUGAAAAUUCCUAAGCAGUAUUUAUGAAUGAAAUUUGCAUUUGAGAUGAGCUUCUUAGUGAAGAAAUGUGAUUUCAUUCCUUUUAAAGUUUUAAAGUUUGCAUGUUGAGGUUUGUGACCUCAGUAUUCUCAGCUGAUCGUGGCACGUUCAGUUUAUAUACAGGGUAUAUUUUAUCAAGUCAGUUAUUUCAUGUUCAUCUUCUUUUGCUCUGCAGCGCCAUCGUGUGGCUGAUUCAGUGACCGGUGCAGCGGUUGGCUAUAUAGUGACUAUUUUUCACACUUAUUUCUCAUUUUCUCUGUGUGUUUAUUCUUGUUGUUGUAAUAGUUUAAAACAGUAAUUGUACACCGUGAAAAUUAAAUAAUCUGUUUUAUUGUUGAGAGCUGUUGGUGUAAAAUCAGAAAUAAAAAAAAGAAACAAAA